AUGUCCGGAGCCGCUCUCUGCCAAAUGAUAAAACUGAGAAAAGAUAAUUUAUCAGAAAAGAAAGGAAAACGCAAAACAACAACGCACAGCCAAAGUCAGAUGGAAAGUGAGCUCGAUUUUCUCGUCAAGCUAAAAGAAACUGACAAAAGCCAUCUUCCAGAGGCUCUCAAAAUUCUUGACGAAGGCCAUUUGACUUUUGUCAAGAAAAAAUUUCUGAACUUCGUAAGAGAAGCAGAUUUGAACAUCAGAGAAUAUGUGAAUGAGCGAAGUUUGAAGAAACACAAGAGCAACUUUUUGGAAGUUGUUCACUUCAAUGUUUACAGUGAUGAGCAAUUGUUAAAAUCCUUCAAAUGGUCAGCAGAGAAGUGUGGAGCAUCAAUUAAGGAUGUAGAGUCCAAUGUAAUCGACAAGGUUUAUAGUGACAUGCUUCAUAAACUGUGUAACACUAGAACAAAGGAAUUCUUCAGAGGGAAAUUUGAAAAGGACUUGGCCACAUCAGGUAAAGUUGUCGAAGCUGACCAGUCCCUUAGAGAUAAUCUCAAAACAUUUAGCAUUGCUAAAAAGAGAUAGAUAGAAGUUUUAGAAGAGUAUACAUAUGCCAUAAUUACAUGUCUCAUCAGCUUCCCCUUGGUGUCAAACCCUGGUAAAAUAUAGGCCACCUAUAUGUGAAGGGGAAAGCUUAAAAGUUGAAUUCUCCUGGAUUCCAUU